AUGGCAGAGCCGCCAGUCACAACUGAAAGCACGACACUAGAACCUCCAGAAGCCACAGUAGUUAUGGGGGAGGCUGGUGGGGGUGGUGAAGGUGAUGCCACAGCAACAACCAAUACCAUUGACGAAAAAAGGGAGGAGAGUGGCGUCGCCUCAGAAAAGUCAACUGCAGUGGCAUCCCCUGGAGAUGGCGUAGCCAGACCGCACUUUGCGGGGGGCAGGAGCCAAGUGGUGAUUCCAAACCUCGAUCUCUCACCUCUUCGCCUUACUGAUGAUCCCCCACCACCACCGCCGCCGCCGAGUCAGCAACAAAGCAGCACCACCAUCUCAGUCACGACGACAGGAGGGGGUGGGAGGAGGGUUCGACUGCCUCCCCUCACAUCGAUUGGCGCCGCAGCGGGGGACUCGUCCUCGUCAGUUUCUCUUCGCUCCUCACGAACCGGCGGCGGAGGUGGUGCAGGCAGUGACCGAAUGAGCACUGGGCCUAUCGAUCUCGCUGCUGCACAGCGUCAAUUGGACGACCAACAAUUAGACGAUAGUCAGAGGGAGAGAAUAGAAGUGUUUCUGCGCUGCAAGCAAGAUAUUCAUGAGCUACAUCCUGAAGACUUCACCAAGAUCUCCGAGUUGGGCUCCGGCAACUGGGGCGUUGUCAGUCGAGUGCGCUACAAUCGAACCAACCUCAUUAUGGCUAAAAAGACCAUCCGACUAGACAUUCGGCACGAGGUUGGCACUCAAAUUGUCCGCGAACUCGAAGCAAGUCCUCCCCUCUUAUGGUUUCUUUUACAAAAAAUUGGUUCAAUCCUACACGACUGCACCUCGCCAUACAUCAUCGGCUUCUAUGGGGCUUUCUUAGGCGACGGGAAUAUUAACAUCUGCAUGGAGUACAUGGACGGGGGCAGUCUGGACAUAGUGCUGAAGCAUGCUGGUCGGAUGCCCGAACCAAUCGUCUCACGCAUCCUCUACGCCGUUCUCUGUGGUCUGGAGUAUUUGCGCAAACAACUCAGUAUGAUCCAUCGGUAG